CAAAAAAAAAGUCUCCAAAAUGGCUGUUGUUGUUAGUAAGGUAUUUUGUUCACAUUCUGAGGUUGUUCUUGUAGUAAGAAGUCGUCCACAUGUUGUAAAUGGUGGUGGAUUUAUAGUCACAAAUAAUUGUACACAAAAUGUUGUUUUCAAAGUUGAUGGAUGUGGAAUUCUUGGUAAAAAAGAUGAAGUUAUUCUAAGAGAUAGUGAUGGACAUGAUUUGCUUCUUAUUAGGAAAAAGGGAGGAGUAAUUGAAGCACUAAGCAUGCAAAAGAAAUGGAAGGGGUAUAGUAAAGAUUUUGAAGGUUCUGAAAAGUUGGUAUUUUGCUUGAAAGAGCCCAAUAAUUCUUGUUUCUUCAAGAAAAUGCCAAUCAAGAUUUCAAUUGAAUCAAAUGACUACAAAAAUCACAAGAAUUUUCAAAUUGCUGGUUUUUUCCCUGAUAGAGCUUGUAGCAUUAUUGACUCCAAUGGCAAUGUAGUUGCAAAGUCUAUGCAGGUUGGAGCUAGGAAAGAGUUACAACAAGUGAUGCCAAACAAAGAUGUGUACACAUUGACUAUUAAGGCAGGAAUAGAUCAAGCCUUUGUUGUUGGAGUGAUUGCAAUUCUUGAUUACAUAUAUGAAGGAUCUACAAGAUGCUAA